AUGUUUUUUCUUGAUAGUCUUCGUGGUAUUCUUUCUGGAAUCAAACUCUCCAGCUUUGUGAUGUUUGAACACAGGUUGAAGUCCUUGACGAAUCUUGCUCUUGCUCUUUCGGGAGCACUAGCAGCUUCACCCACAAAUGGCAGCUUCGAUGUUUUUAAAUAUGUCGAUCCUUUCAUCGGCACCAUUGCUGGAGGUAUGGCUCUCAUAUAACAUUUCGCGAACUGUUCUAAUUGUUUCACAGGUCAUGUUUUCCCCGGUGCAACACUUCCCUUCGGUCCGUUGCCUCAUUCACAUUGAUUCAUUGAAAAGCGAUUAUUGACGGUAUGCAGGAAUGGCAAAAGCUUCUGCUGAUGUCAACAAUCCCGACGAGAAACAAGGCGGUUUUGCUUCAGACAACAGUGAUAUAACAGGCUUCUCACAUAUGCAUGAUUCUGGAACUGGAGGAGUAUUCUACCUGCAAAAAAUGGUACCAUGAAUUCAUUUGCUGAUUCACUUCUAGUCUCCAUCUCUCGGAAACUUUCCCAUAUUUCCUCAAACAGGUUGUCCUGGAGAUGAAAUCAAUAACUGUUUCUGGACUAAGACAGAUCGUGCUUCAAGACGCCUCAAUGGCACUGCUCAAGCUCACCCGGGUUAUUUUGCCGUCAGUCUGAAUACCUCUAUCCACACAGAGGCCACAGUCUCAAACCACACGGCUCUGUACAGAAUUACCUUUCCUUCGAAUGUGUCAACUGCCGCUCACGGAAAAAAUACCUCACUUCCCUACAGUCCGUUGAUACUCGUUGACUUGACUGACCUCCCCGACUCCCGAUCAAAUGCCAGCAUCGAGGUUGAUGGUGGAACUGGAAGAAUAUCUGGCAGCGGAACUUUCAAUCCAUCGUUUGGAAUUGGAUCAUAUGAGCUCCAUUUUUGCGCGGAUUUUCAUGGUGCCCCGGUGAGAGAUACAGGAGUAUUCCAAAAUAACCGAGCAUUCAAUGUCGUGAAGAAUAUUUCCACUCGUUCAGAUGGUGUCAACAAUCCUCCACUUUCAGCGGGUGCAUGGACGCUAUUCACAGCACCUGUCAAUAAUCAAAUUCUUGUUCGUGUAGGGGUCUCUUUCAUCAGUGUUGCAAAAGCAUGCCAGAACGCUGAAUCUGAGAUUCCGGAUUUUGACUUCAAGAAAGUUCAAGAAUCUGCCGAGGAUGCUUGGAGAAAAAAGUUUGCUGUUGUAGAAGUGGAUAAUACUGGCGUUAGUGAAGAGACACAGACAAUCUUUUGGUCAGGAAUGUAUCGUGCAAUGAUCUCACCGCAAGAUUAUACUGGCGAAAAUCCACUGUGGGAGUCCUCAGAGCCGUAUUACGACUCUUACUAUUGCAUUUGGGAUUCUUAUAGAAGCAUUCAUCCCCUUAUCACUUUGCUGGAUCCACAAAGUCAAACUUUGAUGGUUCGGAGUCUGAUUGACAUCUAUCGCCAUGAGGGUAAGCAUUGGGUUAUUUCUGCAAGUUAAUUAAUCAAUGUCUGAUCGUAAUGGAUAGGAAAACUUCCUGAUUGUCGAAUGUCUUUGUGCAAAGGAUUUACGCAAGGAGGCUCCAAUGCAGAUGUCGUCUUAGCGGAAUCUUACCUCAAGAACAUCAGCGAUGGAGUAGACUGGGAGACUGGAUAUAAAGCCGUUGUUUCAGAUGCGGAAGAUGAACCAUUGAAUUGGGCAGUGGAGGGUCGUGGUGGACUUACCUCCUGGAAAACCCUAGGUUAUAUCCCAACCGAUGAUUUCGAUCCGUAUGGCUCAGGUCCUUUCACCCGUUCUAUUUCCCGAACAGUGGAGUACGCAUACAACGACUUUUGCAUUGCUUUGAUAGCAAAGGGCUUAGGCCACACAGGAGAUGCUGAAAAAUACCUUGAGCGAUCCAAAAACUGGAAAAACAUGUGGAACCCAACUCAAACCUCCCUGGUGACUAACUCCACUGGGAAUAUAGGGAAGACAGUCGAUACAGGAUACGUAGGUUUUCUCCAACCACGGUACCUAAAUGGGACCUUUGGCUAUCAAGACCCGACGCUCUGUUCUCCUCUUUACAACUUCACAUCUUGUUACCUCAAUCCUAACGGCCACGAAACCUAUGAAGGUUCGUCGUGGAUGUAUACCUUUUAUGUUCCCCAAGACAUGGCAACUCUCGUCGUCACUCUUGGCGGACCCGAAGCGUUCACAAACCGCCUGUCCUACCUGCACACCUCAGGUCUCCUCUACAUUGGCGAUGAACAAGCGUUUCUCCCUGUCUUUCAAUUUCACUACGCUGGACGGCCAGCUCUCUCCGCAAAGUUCUCGCAUUUCUACAUCCCAUCCCAAUUCAACACCUCGCUUAACGGGAUUGCAGGCAAUGAUGAUUCAGGGGCUAUGGGUUCGUUCACUACACUGGCUAUGAUGGGUCUCUGGCCUGUUCCAGGUCAGGACGUAUAUCUGAUCACGCCGCCGUAUUUCCCUAGUGUGAGUAUUACGAACCCGCAGACGGGAAAGACGGCGACGGUGAAGAAUGUGGGGUUUGUGGAGGGUAAUGAGACCAUUUAUAUUCAGAGUGCGACCUUGGACGGUAAGGCAUGGACGAAGAAUUGGAUUACGCAUAAGUUUUGGUUAGAUGGUGGUGUAUUGGAACUGGUGUUGGGUAGGAACGAGAGUCUGUGGGGAACGAAGGAUGAAGAUUUACCGCCUAGCGCUUCUACGGGGUUUUAG